CUGUAGAUAGAUUAGAUUAGAUAGAUAGAUAGAUAGAUAGACAGACAGACACUGACUCCCUUGAACCAUCUUUCCUAGAAAUUUGCCUCCCACCCCCAUAUUGCCCUGAAAUAUAGUAAUGUCUUAAAUUGGAAGGUGCAGUUAAAAAAAAAAAAAAUGCAAGUGUUUUCCUCUAUGAAAAUAAACGCUGUUCAUUAUUUUAAAAAUCCUUUAAAGUGUAAAAAUAAACACAGCACUGCUAUUCUACCGGCCAAAUAUAACCACUUUUAAUACUUCUAUUUCAGUAUUGUUUUAGUGCCAGGUUUGAAAUAAACGCAACCUUAUUUAUUUAGCAUUGCUAUAUUGCGUCCUGCUUCCUUCACUCACCAUCGUAACAUGGCCUUUCCCCACACUGUUUCACAUUUUUCAAAUAUAUCUGAACGGCUACUUUAAAUUUCAUGGUGAGAUCGUUCGCUGUUUAACUCCCCAGCAGGAGAGAGGAAUGGGCAUCUCUGUACAGAACGUUUGGUCCACAAAACUUUCUAAAAAAUAUACUCCAGAAGAUUUAAAAUCUCCAGCGCACUCGAGAUGGUGCCCCUUUGAAUCCAGCCCAGCGCGCCCUCAGCGCCUCAGUCACUUUCAGAACUCUUGGCGCCCCCUCGGCCCCCGUAGAGACGCGUUGAAAACGCGCGAGUGACGUCGCUGGUUUCCCUGGUGACGGUUUCCCGGGCAGCGCGUGCCGGCGUCCGGAGGAGGUGACCUAGCCGCUGCAGUCCGAGAAGAGAGAAGUGGAGAGAGACCGCUGGCAGGAUGGCAGCAGAUGAAGCCUCACAGAACAUUUUGCGGCUCCAGUUCAAGGCAAUGCAGGAGAUGCAGCACAAACGGUUACAGAAGCAGAUGGAGAAAAAGAGGGAAAAAGAACUGAGCCUCAAAAGCAGAGCUGAUGACCCAGAGGAGCCCUUGGAGGUCUCAGAUGGCCUCAGCCUUCUCCACACAGGGGAGCCAAACUCGAAAAACAGCUUUGAGAAGAGGGUGCUUGAAGAUGAGAUUGAACACCUUCGAAAUGAGCUCAGGGAAACAGUGGAUGAGAAUGGGCGAUUGUAUAAGCUGCUGAAGGAAAGGGACUUUGAAAUCAAACACCUCAAAAAGAAAAUAGAAGAGGACAGACUUGCCUUCACAGGGACAGCUGGUAUAGCCGGAGACAUGGUCGCCACCAAAAUUGUGGAGCUAUCAAAAAAGAACCGGCUGUUGAUGGCAGAAUCAGAGGGUGCAAAAACCAGGGUGAAGCAGCUGACCAAUCGCAUCCAGGAGCUGGAGCGGGAACUACAGACAGCCCUGACCAGGAUGUCAGCCAAGGGGGCCACCGACGCAGGACCCAAGCCACUGAGGGCCCAGAUGGGAGACAGAGCAUUGCCGGAGACCCCAGAGGUGAAGGCCCUGCAGGACAGGCUGGCAGCCACCAACUUGAAGAUGAGUGACCUCCGCAACCAGAUCCAGUCUGUGAAGCAGGAGCUGCGGAUGGCACAGAAGGUCUUUCAGAGCCAGGGCUUGGGGCUUCUUGUGUGGCUGGGGCUGGACUUGGGAAGAGCACGGCUGGCACAGUGGAUUCCAUUCUGGAGCCGUUUUGGCCAGCGAGGUUGGGGAAGACGUCAAUGUCCAGCAGCUCCUAUCUUCACCAGGGACCUGGAGGGGUCGGGCUCAACAAAUUCUUGUUUUGCAGAGCAAGACCCAAGGAAGCUGUCGGCACAGGAGAAAAACCUGCUGAGGAUCCGCAGCCUGGAAAGGGAAAAACAGGAAGGCUUGGAGAAACUUGCCAGUGAGCGGGAUGGCCUCCAGAGAGAGCUUGAAGAGCUAAAAAAGAAGUUUGAGGGCAUGAGGUCUCGGAACAAGCUGCUGUCGAGUGAGGUGAAGACCCUCAAGAAUCAGAUGGGGACCCUGGUGGAGAAGGGCCGGCAUGAUGACGAGCUCAUCGAUGCCCUCAUGGACCAGCUGAAGCAGCUACAGGAGAUCCUAGGCAGCCUGAGUCUGCAGGAGGAGAAGACGCGAGUAUCCCAGCACCACCUGGACCAGCAACUGAACAGCGAGGCUCAGCGGAGCAACAGCCUAGUAGCCCAGCUGCGGGCCAUGGUGGCUGAGCGGGAGGCCAAAGUGCGGCAGCUGGAGAUGGAGAUCGGACAACUCAAUGUGCACUAUCUUCGGAAUAAAGGAGUGGGUGAGGGGUCCAGUGGUCGUGAGGUCAGCCCUGCCUACACCCAGUUCCUGGAGGACCCAGGCCUGACCAAGUCCCCGGCCUCAGCAGACGAUCACAUUGGCAGGCUUGGAUCUUCUCGCUCUGUGACCAGCCUGGGCCACACUCUGGUGGAAUCUGCUCUCACGAGGCCUUCCCUGCCCAGUCCCCACAGGACCUCACCUAGGUUCUCGGACUCCCCAGAACAAAAAGGCUGGCAGGCACAAGUGACAGAGAUCAAGGCCCUCUGGCAGGCUGCCGAGGUGGAGCGUGACCGGCUCACGGAGUUUGUCACUGUCCUGCAGAAACGGGUGGAGGAGAGCAACAGCAAGCUCCUGGAGUCAGAGAGGAAGCUGCAGGAGGAGCGACACCGCACCGUGGUGCUGGAGCAACAUCUGGAGAAGAUACGCCUGGAGCCAGGGAAGGCAUCGGCCUCCCAGAGAGCAGCCCCCAGGAUGAAAACUGGUCUGCCCACCUCUAACACCAGGCAAAACCCAACCGGGAGUGAGAAGAAGGACCCACCCUUUGCCCAGCUCUCCGAUGUGCCCGUGGAAUCCCAAAUGGAAGAGCUGACAACCAGGCAGCCACUCCAAGAGGCACCUUCGUUUGCUCACCAAGACUGCAGCUGAUGGAUGCUGGUGGCAGAGGGCCAAAGUAGGGCUUGGCUGGAGCUUCGGGCAGAAGGGUUUUGAGGUAGUGGCUCCAGUCGAAGGUACGGUGCACCUCCCUCGCCAUGGUGAACCGGGAGGGCUGCUGCAGAGGGACCCUAAGAUCCGCAGGCCUCUACAUGACUGUCACAGUGUUGCCCUUUCUCAGCUGUAACUAUGCAAUUAUAGCUACAGGAAGGAGUGGUCCCAAGGAAGGUCACUCAUAGCCAUGCACCCCAACCCCAGACACCUUGGCCACACGUGAACCCACAGCCCCACACAAAGAUGCAGAUAAUUCAGGAGCAUGCAGCUUUUCGUGCACACAGGCACCUCCAUGUGUGCACACUCAUGGACACACAGGUGCAGAUGAGCACACACAUGUGAAUGUGGUCACACAUUCCCACAUGUGAAGACAUAGCCACUUGUGUGUUGCUUGUGCAGUGACGCACAAAUGCAGGUGCACAUACUGUGAAAACACCCCCUUCCCCAGGAAAAGCCACUGGGGCUCCUGGGACCCUGUCUUCUCAGUCCCUUCCUUGGGGAUGGGGCUAUGGAGGGACCCUAGCUGGCCCCCACUCCUCAGGGAGCCCCUGACCCUGCAUGGGGUCACACGGAUCUAGAGAUCCCACAGCAAGUUAGAGCAAAGGCCACCAGGAUGAACUGGUGCUUCUGAUGAGGUCCUAAGGGUCUCUGGGAAGGAAGAGUUUUUCUCUGGUUCCUUGUGAAGGAAAAUGGCCAGGCAGAGAGCCAGGAGAGAGAGGGUCUGUGCUGGGAGGGGACAGUGUGUGACAGCGAGGGGCGGGCCAGAUGCAGUCUGAACACAAACGAGUCAGCACCUUCUCCUGCAGGUACUGAGGAGCUCCAGAGGCUGAUCUGAGUAUGUGGGGUACAGGCUCUGGCCUCAGUGCAGUUCCAGAGAGUGAGAAGCAGGCAUAGGACCAGCCAUCCUUCCUCAAGGUCACCUCAGGGAAGUGCAGAGAUGGCAUGACCCACACUCCAGCCACUUCAGGGUGGUUCUGCUGCCCUUCCUCGGCUAGGCCUGAGACAGGAAGGAGCAUCAGGUCAUGGAGUCUGGACAGGUGGGGCUGCCUGGGGCAUACUUCUCCCCCUACUUACCAGCUGUGUGGCCUUGGGCAAGUUAUUUAACCUCUCUGAUCCUGCACAUUCUCAUCUAUAAAAUACAAACAAUAAUAGAAUCCUCUAUCGGGGGCUGCUACUAAUAUAUAUGUCAAAGAAUAACCCAAAGACUUUUCGCUAA